AUGGGGCACACCCUUAGUCGCCACGGGCCACUGGCCCAGUCAUUCUUUAUCCCCAAGCCUCCACUCUCGGAGAAAAACCUACCAGACCAAACUGGAAAAGUGUGUAUCGUGACCGGAGGAAAUGCUGGGGUUGGGUUUGAAGUCUGCAAAAUUCUGUAUGAACACAAUGCGACGGUCUACCUGGCUGGACGCUCGGAGGAGAAGUGCAAGCAAGCGAUCUCGUCCAUCGUCGAGUCCAUCGGUGCAAAGACGAAACCGAAGGGAGCGCUCAGAUUUCUGAAGCUCGAUCUCGCCGAUUUGGCCACAAUCAAAGCCAGUGCCGAAGAGUUUCUCCGUCAAGAGACCAGACUGGACUGGCUCUGUAACAAUGCAGGAGUCAUGUUGGCGCCGGCCGGGUCUCAAGGUGCUCAGGGCCACGAACUGCACAUGGUCACCAACUGUCUGGGUCAUUGGCUCUUCACCCACUUCCUCCACCCAAUCCUCAGUUCCACCGCAGCAGGCUCACCGCCACACACGGUCCGGGUGUCGUGGGCGGGGUCUGUGGUAAUCGACCUGUACUCACCCAAACACGGCAUAUCCUUGGACACCGACGGUGUCCCAGCUCUCCCUCUUUCCGACCCCCAAAAGUUGUAUGCCAUCAGCAAAGCGGGCAAUCUGUUCUACGCUUCAGAAUAUGGCAAACGAUCCAGGACCCAAGGUCCAAGUAUUGUCAGCACGUGCUUCAACCCGGGCAACCUUCGCACCGAGUUGCAACGUUAUGUGUCACCCACGCGCAAGAUGUUCCAGAAUCUGGUUUUGUACCCGGCCAUUUUCGGGGCAUACACGGAACUAUUCUCUGGGUUUUCGAGAGAAGUGACCACUGAACAGAACGGUUGUUACAUCGGGCCCUGGGGCCGCGUGCUGGAUGUCAGGGCCGAUGUUCGGGCGAGCUGCAAGAGCGUGGAAGAAGGCGGCAAUGGAAUUGCCAAAGCGUUUUGGGAAUGGAGUGACAGGGAAUGUCGGCCGUACAUGUGUGAGAACGAAUGCCCGUACGGCCAGGACGGCGACACAGAGGUCGACCUGACAGAAAGCAUGAAGUGCUUCAUACGAAGAUGGAGUACACCCGACACCCUCAGCACGGCCCAGUUUCGGGGGACGAUAGCCUGA